AUGCUCCGCAGUUCCCGUGUUCUGAACGAAGAGAAGCUGAGGAGCAUGGCGAGACAACUCAUGCUUGGCUUGAAGGUGGUGCACAAGCUCGGCUUCAUCCACCGAGACAUCAAACCUGCCAACCUGCUAUGCGCAGCAGAUGGUCUGUUGCGCAUUGCAGAUUUUGGUUGGUGCUGCCACAAGGAGGAUAGCCCGACAUGCCUUGCGGGCACCCUGCUCUACAUGGCCCCUGAAGUGCUGUCCAACGUGCCACAGACGGUGAAGGCGGAUGUGUGGAGCGCUGGAAUGACACUUUUCCAGAUGAUCGCCGGGAGAACACUGCUCCAAACCAACCUCGACCCUGGCAUGACCAAGCUUUCAGAGCGAGACCCAGUGAAGUCAACAUUGCUUCGCCAGCAGUGGCUGCUGCGGGAGAUUGAUGCGGUGUGCCCACCAUCGGACAAACUUCGGCCGAACCAUGUCAGCCCAUCCGCAUGGGACCUGGUGCAGAAAAUGUUGAAGACAGAUCCAGCAGAGCGUAUUUCGGUGGACGAGGCGCUCUCACACCCGUGGCUGCGAGAGCUAACAGAGGUCUCGGAUGACGAGCUUUCUGAAACCAGUCCUAGCGACCUGAUUUUGCGGUCGGUGUUGAAGGAGGCCGAGACCCCGGAAAAGAGCCGGCCCCGAAACGAGGACGAAGAGGAGGUCGACAGCGACGGCGGUCAUCCUCCACUAUCACCCGCCAGAAACCCCGGGAUGGCCUUGGCAGCUGCCGUCGAUGAGAGCCCUCGUUUGGAGGAUGACAAGGACCAGAUCAAAGAGCAGCUGCUGGAGGAAAGAAAGGAGAAUGCCCUGCUCAAACGGCGGCUGGCGGCGUACGAGGCCAAAGCCCUCAGCUGCCUGGGCUGGUGCCGCUGA